GAUAUCAUAUUAUAUGUCACUCUACCGAUUUACUGCUAAAAAAUCCUAUUUUCUGUUGAGACUACAAAAUCUAUUUUUUGAUCUCCAAUGGCAGAUCCGUUGCAGAUCUCUUUCGCCGGAAUAUUCGCCUGCAGCGCUUUCGCCGCCUGUUUGGCAGAGAUUUGUACCAUUCCUUUAGAUAUUGCUAAAGUGAGGCUUCAACUCCAAAAGAGAGUUCCUCUAGGAGAUUCAAUAGCUGUCCCAAAAUACAAGGGCUUGUUGGGUACAAUUACUACCAUAGCAAAAGAAGAAGGGUUUUUUGCACUUUGGAAUGGGGUGGUACCUGGUUUACAUCGGCAAUGCCUUUAUGGAGGCUUAAGAGUCGGACUGUAUCAGCCUGUGAAGGCAUUCAUUUCUGGAACUCAUUCGGCAGAUGUUCCCUUAUUCUUUAAAAUAUUAGCUGCUCUUCUUACUGGUGCUAUAGCAAUAACCGUGGCAAAUCCUACUGACCUCGUCAAAGUUCGGCUUCAAGCGGAGGGUAAAUUGCCGGUUGGAGUGGCGAGGCGUUAUGCUGGUGCUUUGCAGGCAUAUUAUGCUAUAGUCAAGCAGGAAGGAGUGGCAGCUUUGUGGACAGGGCUUGGACCAAACAUUGCAAGAAAUGCGAUUGUAAAUGCUGCCGAAUUAGCUAGUUAUGAUCAAGUCAAAGAGACAAUUUUGAAAAUUCCAGGGUUCACAGACAAUGUUCUCACACAUAUCUUAGCUGGUUUAGGUGCAGGAUUCUUUGCUGUCUGUAUUGGCUCCCCCAUCGAUGUGGUUAAAUCUAGAAUGAUGGGAGAUUCAAUUUAUAAAGGCACUGUCGAUUGCUUCUUCAAAACAUUAAAAACUGAGGGGUUAUUUGCCUUCUACAAGGGGUUCUUACCAAACUUUGGCCGGCUUGGAUCGGCGAAUGUCAUCAUGUUUUUGACUCUUGAACAAGUGAAAAGAUUAUUCUACUAUUGAUAAGUUAGAGUAUGUAUGUAUGAUCACCACCUAUUGUUUGUGGCAACGAGGAGAGUCAGAUUCCCCAUAUCUAUAUACUGGUAACACAAGCUCUUCUAGAAGCUUCCCUUUUCCAGUAACACAGGAGUAUCAAAAUAUACAUGCGAAUAAAAUGAUAUUUUUGGUCUGUGGAAUCGGCAUUGACUUCGAUGGCGAACUUUGCUGACAAAUUCUGAAGCCAGAGAACACAUCUCCAGAGCUUAUGGAGUAAUUGUUUGUGUUAAUAUAUACUCUAGUAAGAGCCAUGUAAGAUUGUAACAAUACAACAUUUGUAUUAUUAAAUUAUGUUAAUGCUCUCUUUAUUCA